ACUAGACUUUGUAAAAAUGAAAUAUUUCGUGAUUAUAGUUUACGAAAGCUUCCUGUCAGGAUAGCGGCUUACUGUAAACUUCCUUCUAUAGAUUCUAAUUUGCCUGUGGGAAUUGAAAUCACUCUGUUAGAAGUACUCAGCAGAACCCAGUGUUGCCGGCGGUCAUACACUUUGAAUGCAUUCACAACUGGUUUAUCGCGUGUCCAUUCAUUGCUGUCUCCUCAGACUUUACCUCUGAAAACGAGUUAUGAAGUAGAAAUUACAAUUUGGACGAACGAAGGUCUACUUAAAGUCACAUUACAAGAGGAUUUACAACUAUUUCACAAUGUUGAAGUGGUCUGUAAUCAACUUCAAAAUUUUUGA